AUGGAAAAGGGACCUCCAAACAAGGUCUGGAUGCGGGUGCAGAUAGUCAUCUUGCGCUUUCUGAUGCGAAUAGGCAUGGUCCUCCACGGCUUUCCUCCCCCUAUACCACCAUGCCCGUCCUUCGUUCGAACGCUGCCUCGACUGGACGAAUUCGACACGCAGCGGGUGAAGCUGUACUUCUACACCCCCAAGCGGUAUGCUGAGCAGAAACGGGCCGGCCACCGGUAUCCCGUCGUGGUCAACUUCCACGGCGGCGGGUUUUGUAUAGGCAGGGCGACGGAUGACGCACGCUGGGCUCGCGCGGUGGUCGAGGGCGCCGACAGCGUCGUGGUGAGUGUGGAAUACCGUCUGGCGCCCGAAGCUCCCUUUCCGGCUGCGGUAGACGACGGCGUCAGGGCCCUGCAGUAUCUCGAGGACUGGGCAGACGAGCUGGCGCUGGACGUGUCGCGGGUCAGCCUGUCUGGCUUCUCGUCAGGCGGGAAUCUCGCCUUCACGGUUCCCUUGCGCCGACAUCUGCUUCAGCAAGACACAUCUCGACCCUCGCCUACGCCGUCGACGACGCUGACUCCCUAUGAGACGAGAGACGCGAGCUCGAUAAACCUGCAUCUGUCGACCUUGUCACAGCAACCCCGGGGCAGCAGCAGCAGGCCAUCUGCCGCAAGAUCGCAUUCCGCACAGCAUCUCCUUCGCCAGACAACGACGACUACUACGGCCAAUGGCAGUGAUAACGGCAAUGGUAACGGGCAGUCUCAGACGCCUACUUCGGCCUUGCGGAUAAUAUCCAUUGUAUCGUGGUAUCCGAUAGUCGACUACGUGCUGCCUCGACACAUACGCCGUGACAGAAGUGUCUUCCCGUCAAAAACGCUGCCGAAAUUCAUGACCAGCUUGUUCGACUACAGCUACAUGCCUCAUGAAGCCAACAGACAUUUGCCAUAUGCCUCGCCCUUACUGGCACCUCCUUCGCUGCUAGCUGAGGCCCUGCCAAAGGAUAUCUUUCUGUAUCUCUGCGAAUGGGACAUGCUGCUCCACGAAGGACAUGAGUUUGUGGAAAAGCUCGAUAACUGUGGCGGAGGCAAGGUCGUUCGAUCGAUGAUGAUAGAAUCUCAGAAACAUGCGUGGGAUAAGUCUGUCAAUCCCCUUAGAGACCAGGAGAGCAUAGAUGUUUUCUACAGGACGACAGCAGGGCAGCUGAAGAUCGUCAACGAACGGGCAUAG